AAUUUCUCUUUUUAUAUUCCUUUGCCGCUUAUGUUUUCCCUCCGCCCUGGAGUCGUAUUCCCUCUUUUUCCCUCCUUUUUUCAAGGCGCAAUCCAAAGCAAGGGUUUCCCUCUCUCUAUCAGCAACUCUUGUCAGUCAUCCAUGGCCGACAGCACCGAAUCCGAUCCCCGCCACCACCUCUCCGUCACGACUCCCCAGCAGAUCUCCAAAGUGCAUCUAUCAUUCAUACCAGGGGAGCCAAAUUCAUACUUUAGGGUGAAAAAGCUAUCCAAGAAAGCCAUUUUGCCUUCCAGAGGCUCCCCUCUCUCUGCAGGCUACGAUCUCUCCAGUGCAACGGAGGUCAAGGUGCCUGCAAGAGGAAAAGCCCUGGUUCCAACCGAUCUGAGCAUUGCAGUACCUGAAGGAACCUACGCUCGCGUAGCACCAAGAUCGGGGUUGGCGUGGAAGCAUUCGAUUGAUGUGGGUGCUGGCGUGAUCGAUGCUGACUACAGAGGUCCAGUUGGAGUCAUACUGUUUAACCAUUCUGACAUUGAUUUUGAGGUGAAAGCUGGCGAUAGGAUUGCACAGUUGAUAAUUGAGAAGAUAAUGACACCCGAAGUGACAGAGGUUGAAGAUUUGGAUGCAACUGCAAGAGGCGAUGGUGGGUUCGGGUCUACAGGCAUAUGAGCCUCUGGCUUUGCUGCAUUUACCCUGUUUUGUUUCUUUGUUGCAGGGGCAUAAAAUUGGAUGAUGUGGUCUUUGACUAAUUUUGUCAAACAGGUAGUGAACUAGUGUUCUGGUAUUGGUCCUUUUAGUAUCUGCAAAGAAAUUAUAUAUGUAUGUGUGUGCAUGUAUACGCACGCGUGAACAAAUGGGCUUAUUAUAUCUUCAAGUGUUGUUGGUUGGUUUCUUUUGGGGAUUUGCAAUUAUUGGUAUCGAUUAUUGGGAUGAAGUUUGAGUCUCUCUUCUUUGCUUAA